UACAUAAGUGUUAAAUGAUUAUUAUUGGUCGGUAGAAUGACUUGUAUGUAUUGUAUGAUUUGUCUCUUAGUAUACAUACGCAUGUAUAUGUCCUAGUUGAGUGUAAAUAACUAUGUCCUUCAUGUGCUAUACUAACAAUGUAUUGUGUAUCUACGUUGGAUAGAUCAGUAAUAAUUAUGGAUUGCUUCAUUACAUUCCUUUAACGGACACGUUCUCUUACAAUUCAAAGAAUAGUUUAGAAAACAUUACUACAUAAUAUGUAUUGUGAAAGAAUAAAAGUAUUUCUUCUACUAUUUCUUACUUCAAUACUUGUAUAUUAUUAUUGCGGAACAAACAUAUAUUCAAUAGUAAAUGAUCAUGACGUCAAUAUCUCAUCAUUGGAAACCAUGACACCUUCUUUAUCAGCUAGAGAAGCUAAUGACUCUUUUAUGAAGUUGAAUAGAAAAAGGUAUUAUACACGCGAAAAUUCUGAGAAAGGAUAUGAAAUACAUGCAGGAACAUAUAAUCGGACGAAUAUAUGGUCUUUCGAUAAAGACACGAAGCAAUAUAAAAAUAGGAAUGUGAUUUUGGAAGUGAAUGAUAAAACACAGUCUUCGCAAUCAUUUAGUAAAUUUCUGACUCAAAGAAUUGCAUAUAAUACAAAUGCUAAUACGAGGGAGAAUUUGCCGAAGAAUAGUCAGAAAAAGGUGAAAAUACUGAGACAUGCGUUGUUCAUUAACAACUUAUCGAAUCAAAAUGAAGAUAAUGGUUAUUCCAAGAGUAUGAAUAAGAAAAAAAAAUAUUGGGUAUCAUUUCAGGAUGAAGAUGAAUCAAAUAUAAUGGAAUUAAUUAUUUUUAAUAUAAAUCAUGGGCCAAAUGUCUAUCGCUCAUACAAUAAUUAUUCACAUUGAUACUGAUCUUUAUAUUGUGUUCAGUUUUUUAAAUUUAUUAAUUUUAUUAAUUUAUUAAAUUUAUUAAUUUUUAAUUAAUUUAACAGCAUAACCUAUAAUUAUUUUAUAAAAGCAGCACGUUCUUAAAUUUUACAUAGAUCUUAAGCUGAAUUAUAGACUUUUAUGAUUUAUGACGUGUGAUUUAUGAUUGUUUAUUUUUUAAAUACUCUAUUCCUAUAUUAAACGAAGAAGUAUUUGUUUUACAAUCAUCAAAUUAUCUUUCUUUAACAUUUUGUAACUGUAUUGUAAGUAAUGUACCUAAAUACUGUGAUAUAAAUACUGUUAACCAAGUGUUUUUUUGAAAUAAUAAUUUCCAGAAUAAUUUCUUUUCAUUACAUUUACAAUAUCUCUAUAAUAUAAUAAUAUACGCUUUUGGUAAUAUAAUUUACAAAUUGAGAAAAUAUACCUACUGGUUUUUGUGAACUGUAGAUUGUUUGAACAAUUAAUAAAGUCGUUGUUAUAAUGUGUAAGCGGAAAGUUAUUGCCAGUUGAAAAUUACCUUUCUGUACAAAAUCUGACAAUGAUGCAAAAUAAA